UCGCCAAUAGGCCCAUGCUAGCCGAACCACAGAGAUAGGAGCACUAUGGGGCCGGUCUCACCUCAUCCAUCCAUCAUAUUCGUCGACGCCGGCCACAGCGGCUUUGAUGGUGGCGGUAUCGUCCCUAUGCUAUUGGUCAUAGCCCGAUCCAUUCAAUUUUGGGUCAGAGCCUGAUCCUUCGUUAACCAUGCCGUCACGUCCGUCAUUGCACCUGGUCACCAUCUCCUCUCGCGGCCAUGUUUAACAGGUGGAAAUCGGCUAUCCUGGUAUACGCCGUCCUGCUCUUUAUCGUGGGCACGGCGCUUUUUCAUAAACUCGACAAGGACGAUUCAUUCAGCCCGUCCUCUAUAUUCAAUGACAAUGCCGCGGCCGUCGCCACCCAAGAGGGACCGGACUUUUGGGGGUGGGAGACCAAGACGCGGUUCUCUUCCGGAAGCAAUGAGAAAGAGCAGAUAUGCGACUCAUUUCCCUCUCAUAUACUGUCGCAAGUUCAAGUUGUCUUGAAAAUCGGUGCAUCUGAAUUGCCGGAUCGCCUGGAUGCCCAAAUAUCUACGGUCACCCGCUGCAUUUCGAACCUCCUUGUCGUCUCCGAUAUGGAAUCUGAGCUCCACGGACAUCGCGUUCAUGACGUCCUCGCGGACCUACCGGAAUCAGUCUGGACUAAUAAAGCCGAUCUCGAAGCAUACUUGGCACUCAAACAAGGCAACACCAAAGCUGUCAACGGUCAGCAGGGCUGGAACCUCGAUCGCAUGAAAUUUCUGCCCAUGGUGGAAAGGGCAUAUGAUGUCAACCCGACGGCCAAAUGGUACGUGUUCCUAGAAUCUGAUACCUACUACGUCUGGGAUAAUCUCUUCCGGUUGCUGGAUCAAUUCGACCCGACGGUUCCGUUGUAUUUUGGUUCUCCAUCGCCGGGGAAGCCUACGGCGGAGGAAACGACGUGGUUCGCGUACGGAGGUUCUGGAUUUAUUAUUUCGGCUGCUGCAAUGCAGAAACUCGUUUAUCGAAAGACGGGGGCUUAUGGAGAAUACAUCCAGCCGUCGCUGAGUGCGCAAUAUGAGGAUAUAAUCAGGGGCACUGACUGUGGCGACACAGUGAUUGGUUGGGCAUUGUAUGAGAAGGGUGUGAAGUUGUCAGGCUUAUGGCCCAUGUUCAACGCACAUGCUCUUCAUAGCAUUCCAUUCGACGAGAUGCAUUGGUGCCGUCCAGUGAUCAGUAUGCAUAAGACAAAGUUGGCGGACAUGGAAGGAUUAACAAAAUGGGAAAAUGGACGGGAUCGGACGUACCCCCUGUUGUACGCCGACCUCUUCAACUACACCGGAAUGGGAACAUUCGACCAACGACCCGACUGGGACAACGCAGAUUGGGGAGGAUGGCAAGAACCCCCCGAGUCAUCAGCUCACACUUCAUUCGAGGCUUGCGGUAAAGCCUGCCAUGGCAAUGCAGACUGUCUCUCGUACACUUAUAGUUCAUCCGGGCAUUGCUUCUUUAUCCGGUCCAUGCGGCUGGGAGACAAGAGGCCGGUCAAUCCCGAAGAUCGUCAAACAGCUGGAUGGGACCUGGAGAAGAUGCAAAAAUGGCGGGAGAGUCACCAAUGCGAGAGAGCGCAGUGGGUGAAGCCGAGUCUUAGCCGGAUCUUUUAGCGAUGCAUUGUCAUUGAUUUUCCUUUCUUUGUCUUUUAUAUACCCUUUGGUUGUGAUUAUAUUAUUCUGUUCUACUUCUGCAUAGGAUAGCCCGCAACGGGCUAUAUUGUAUAUCUAGCCAACUCGUUAUAAAAGCAUCAAUACGAUAUCAGCGAUACAG